GCGCAAAUCAAAAUCCAGCCACACUGCAACCUUUUGAUUGUUCGUCCGCGAUUCCUUGUGUAUGUGAAUUUUAUAGCUUUGAUAACAUCAAGAUAUCGCUUGUAGUUUUAGAAUUGACACAGUUUAUUUCUUUAUUUGCUUCACCACCGCGAAGAAAAUAUGAUCUCGAGAAAUAAGUAGAAAUGAUGCCGCCUUUCAAUCCUAAUCAGCAGAGUCACCAGGCGACGGGCACUAUGAAAUGCAAAAGCAUCGUGCUAGUAUAAAUUUAAAUUGCAUGACAAAUUCCCUCAGCAUGAAAAAUAAAAUUUGUAAUGCGGAUUUAGGUAAGGAGGGAGAUUUGUGAUGCAUGAUUGCGAUUACUACGAGUGCGAUACUUUUGCACAGGAUAGGCACGAACAGCUCGGGGUUGUCCCAGUUCGCGCCCAUGAGCAGGCCCAUUGCCUUAUUGAGAGGAAAAAUCCCCCCUCCCCAUAUUGAAAACGUAUCCGUCUGAAAAUUUGUGAUGCGCAUUUGUGACCUCAAAUCCUGUCUGUCUUGCAAGAAGGCAAGUCCAGAGAGCGCCCCGCACUUUCCAGGCGGUUCGUGAUGCUGUUGGGCUUAGAGCAUACACAUUUGCCAUGCUAGGCGCCUACGUCAAAACCUCUCGACUGAGGCUUGGCAUAUGCCUGCAGUCCUCUCCAGCAAGACAAAUCUGAUUUUUGUACGGAAAUCCAGCAUCAGAAACUUCGUUUCGAUAUGGGGAGGGGGGAUUUUUCCUUUUAAUAUCCCUCCGGAGGACCCUCGCCACCCUUUUUGCCUUCUGAUGACAUACCCCCGCUGCACCAACAGAACAUGCCGGGCGUUGUCUCUGGGUUUGGUCUACCAUCAGCUGCACCACCAGGUACUAGAAGUUGUACAGGCGUUUAUUUCUUUAAUUAUCAGUACGACUCCGAAAACAAAUAUGCACUCGCCCCUUCGUUCACGUUCUACAACGACAUCUAAGUCUAAUGCGAGAAAAAGAAAAAUAGAGGUUGCAGCUUCGUUUUGUUCCAGAUGCUGAUCAUGCUUGCCAGGCACUAUAAUCGUCUCGAUUGUAGUGUUACGACUGCGACAAAAAUCUGAUCAAUCGCUGUGAUAUUUUUUUUACAGGUUUUAACCCCACCAGUGUUUGCGGCGCGGCUCCUCCUGCGGCUGCAACGCCCGCUGCCCAUGGGGCGGGACGGCAGCGCGGUACAGUGGCUGUGAACAUCAUGAAUAAGGACAAACCCAAACGAACUCCUAUGGAAGGAUUUAUGACAACCACCAAGUGGGGCGACGUUCCGUUUGCCGGCGAUGUGGCAGACGCAGAGAGUGAUGUUGAACAAGCGCUGAAUAACAUCAACGGCUUCGGACCGCAGCGAAGUGAGAGCAAUAACUUCGAGCCCGAACAACAGCAAAUGAACGAGAACGCAAAAAUUGGAGAUCAUCAUCAUCAGGGCUUGUGUGGUGCAUUACCCGCUGGCACGACGCCGACCGCGCAGCAAGCUCGGGCACGAUACCAAAGCGGGCAGCAAGAGCAGCAGUCCAUCUUUCAGGAACAAGAAAAUUUGAGCAUGAACUUGAAACUGCAGCAGCAACAGCAGCAAAUGAUGCAACGGCAACAGGAACAACUGGACCGACAGCGGCAACCGCAGGAGCCGCAUUUUCAGCAGCAGAAGGCGCAUCGGUUCAAUGCGCAGCAGCAACAGAGGUUCCAAUUUGACGACGAUCAGCAUUACGAGGACGGUGUCGCACCGGAACAGCUCAUCUUCCAAAUGCAGCAGCAGAUGAUGAAAAAGGACAAGGUUAAGCAGGAACUACGCGCUGAGGAGGAGGAGAACAAUGGUCGGGGGCGGGGCCAAGGCCAGAAGCUGGAGAACAACAUGACAAACAUCAAGAACACCCUGAACCAAAACGAAAACCAGUUCGAUCAAUUCCGAUCCUCGCAAAUGAACCAAAAUUUCAACAACUUCAACCACAAUGGCAAUUUCCACAAAAAUUUCCGAAUGUCCACCACCUCCUCCGAUGCCGCGGAGCAGGUGCACCUGUUGCAACAGAAGCCGAACCAAAACCUUGACCCGCACAGCCCCCCGUUCGUCGCACACCAGCAGUCUUUGCCCAUGCGGCAAUCGCAGCCGUUCCGCCCGCCCCAAGGCCUGCCCCGUGCGGCUGGUCCGCGGGAAAGUUUCGGCGUGCCGUGCGAACAUAGUGGACCGAGCCUGGGCAGCGGUCAUGUGGGGGGACCCGGCAAGCAGGGCGGGGUGAAUCAAUCGCCGGCUAAUGCGGAUUUGAUGAGUCCGCAGUUGGAACUCGGUAUGCGUAUGCAGCAGGAGCAGCAGCAGCAGCAAGGUAAAGGCUUCCUCAAUGGAGGUGGAGGACCUGUUACUAAGUGGAACUUUCUAGGAAUGAGGAAAUUUUGAAAAAAUUGCCCCCCCUUCGAAUUCUCUUCCGAAAGCAGCAGCUCUUCGUAGCUGUGUUUGGCUGGCGUGGCGCGCCAGCAUUUGUUUGCUGUAUUCGAAAAUGGAAGCGGGAAGCGACUGUGUCAGAGUUCGGACGCAUUGCCGCGCAGUGAAAUCACCAAAGCAGGCAGGCGGCUUUUCGGGUGCCACUCACCUCGAUCGCCAACUAGCCAUCGCCGGAGGCUCAGCACACACCUACAAAGCCGCGCUUCAUCUGAAUAACGGCCGCGAUCUCUACAUGUGCAUCGCAGUGAGAGCACCGCGCUAAGGUGGCAGGUCUUUGAGGUCUCUGGGCCUACUCUACCGAACAGCAGCUCGCCGGCAAUCGCCUAGUGGGGCUUCCAACCCAAGGCGGCAGCCCUGGAAGGGGCCAAUGGGGUCGGGCGCGUGGCCUGGCCGGCUCGAGGAGUUGCAGAAACAUUUGAAAAGAAUGGCGGAGGACUACCGCGGCGCCCUCAAGUGCCUCGGCCGGGUUUUGGCGGGGUGCCCCAACAAAGGUCGCGCCCGAGGGCUCAGCCCCGCUCUGCUUUUCUUGGUGUUUCUUGUAUGCUUCAAAUAGAGAUCUGCGCUUUCCGCUCGUGAUUCAAUUUCCGAGGAAAAUGGCGAAGGGGGGGGUCGCGGGGGGGCCGGAGGGGGCCUCGAGAGGGCCCCCACUGAAGGGGGCAAAAAUCGCCCCCGUGCCGUCGUGAUUCAAUUUCCGAGGAAAAUGGCGAAGAGGGGGGGGGAAGGCAAGGGGGAGGGGCCGGGGGGCCCUGAGUUUUCCUCGGAAAUUGAAUCGCGACGGUAUGGCACCGCUUUUUGCCUUGUUUCGAGGCGAAUCUGGGAAUUGGCCUGCUUUGCCGGCCUUCCCGGGCUCCCUUUUUUGGGUAGCGAGCGCGGCAACAAAACACGCCCAAAGCGAGGCCAAAACCAUCACCAUAGCACCGCGAUUCAAUUUCCGAGGAAAAUUUCGAGUCCGGUGCGAAAUGCCCUCAAGUUGGGAGCGGUAGGACCAAAGCCGCGGCAGGUUGGUUCACGGUGGGAAGCUGUCGACGGCGUGGGAUAUUUAGCGCGGUUCGGUAAGGGGGUAUACCUGCCCCGGUUUAGCCGUUUUAUUUGUAGCGCAUGGCGUCCAUGAGUAGGAAGGCCCAUGGCGCUUGAGGUUUUGGCUCAAUGGCUUUGAGAAUGAUGCGGGUGUGUGGAGGCGCCACCAUUCGGAGAGCAAGGCGCUGUCUUUUAGGUGCAGCCGCGAUAAAGCCCAUUAUAUGUGAGCCACGGAUGGCUCUCCAGGCUCGGCGACCACAGUUGUCCACGGGGCUCUGCGAGCUCGUCUCGCGCAGCGGUAUUCGCAAAUGGGCCGGCACAGGGCCGCGACCUGAUAUCUCCACCUGCCUACUUUCACCUGGGGACUGAAUUUUUUCGAAUUUUCCUCAUUCCUAGAAACUUCCACUUAGUACCUGUGAACAACCAGAAUCUCAACAACAAUCAGAACCAAAAUGCAUCAAACCGCAACCCGAAGAACAACGUGCUGAACGCGCAGCAGUUCAACCACAACAAUAACUUGCAGUUGAGCGUGAUGCCGUCGCCGGAUUACGGAUUUUAUGGGCAAUUUGACGGCCCACCUGGAGGUUUGAACGCCAACUUCAACAAUCUUCGCAUGCCGAUGAAUCCACCACAAAUUAUGCCCCGUCCGGGGAUGGGGAACAACAGCCACAAUUUCUACAACAAUCCAGGAGGUGGAAUCAAUCAACAGCAAAACCACUUUUCUGCUUCGCAGUUCUACAAUCAGCCGAACGAUAUGAACCAGAUCGUGCAGGGUCAGCAUCCGCACCAGAAUACGACGAACAGUGGGGAAAAUAAGCCCAAAAAGCCACAGAACCCGUGGAUCGGCGGAGACAUGGCGGUUUUGUGGACGGACAAGCCCGAGAAGAAAAAGAAGCACUGGCAGGAGGGGUUUCUCCGAAUGCAAAACUUCAACACGUUGGAGCUUUUCAACUCGCAAUUGCGGUUUCUGGAGGAGUUUGUGUUCGACGACAAGCAUAUCACAGGAAAAUAAAGUGCUAUCGUUAACGGAAUUUGUGAUGCAGCAAUGCAUCACUAUCACUCCACUGAGCGUGCCAGGAUUUGUCUUGCAUAGCAUGCAUAUUGGGCUACAUUUGUGAUGCAUGACUGCAAUCUGUGAAUAAAACCGUUAACGUUAUUGAUACUUUUUCUUCGUGAUAAAGCAGAAGGAAUUGUGGGACAACGACGAGGAGAUUUUCUAUGGGAAAAAGCACGCCAUCCAGGUCCUCCCGACGGACGAGUCCGGGGGGUAUUGCAAGGCGUACUACUUUUUCCGUGACCGGAUACCCAAAUACAAAACUACAGAUUUGGUCGGGAACGAAUGCAACAUGGACUACCACCCCUUGCAUUUACCCUUCGAGAACACGUGCAAGGAGCUGAAAGCCAAGCGGGAAAAGGAUCGCGACGUGUACAACUACCGCAAUUACGUGCGGCCACCGUUAUUGCCGUCGUUGAGGAAGCAAAGGUUGCUGCCGGCGAAGAAUGGAAGUAAUAGUGUCCUCGCCGGACAAAAUGACGUUGGUAGAAACCUCCGCCCAGGUGGUCGCGAGCAGAUGACCCCGGGAGCCGCAGCCAGAUUGGAGUGGGAACAACAGCACCGACGGGGAGGUGGCGUCGGUGCGCGGGCUGCGGCGGGAGCUGCGCAGAGAGUAGUGUUUACUUCUUUUUGUAGCGAUAGUGAUUUAUUUUCAUGCAUUGCAGCCAUUGGCUGCGGCUGCGCUGUGUCAGGUGGUGGUGGUCGUGCAGCGCAUGCAGACUUUCUCUUGUUCUCAUUCAUGAUCUCUUGCACUCCGGUCAACUUUCCACACCUAGACCCAAGGGAAGAAUUCAAAAAAUUUUCUAACUUCAACAAAAAACCAGCCCGAUUCCAAGCUGACUUUGCCGGAAGGUCCGCAGAGUGGCGACGCAUUUGUUUUCCUGCGGGACGACGAUCAAGCACUGCAUCAACACCACGACGACCGCGGCCCACCGCCCCCGUACUUUCCUGGAGCAGGAGCUGAAAACAACUACGGCCAACAAGGACUGCAGCACUACUUCUUUCCCAAUGGGGAGCGGCCCGAUGGAAUUACGGAAGCCAGUCACCGCGACAUCCACGACCGGGAAUUCAAUCCGCACAUGGGAGGUACUGAAUGUGAAGAUAAUUGUUCCCAGUACAUGUCCCGACAGAGGCAGAACCAGUGGCGUGGUCCUGCUCAGCACGGUGGAAUCGUUAGUCCGGAAGUUGUCGGCGAUGAUCAACAGUCGGAAAUAUCAUCAAAUGGGUCGAACAUGAACCAACACGUCCCGUUUGCGGGCAACAAUCCCCGGGGGAGAAAAAUCCACACCCGAGGUGAUUCUGCAGUGGGGAACCGCAUCAACAUCAGAAGCCGGUCCCGGAGUCCGCGGCGGCGCGCCGGCGCGGAACUGUUGAUUGGCGGGAAGGAGAUUGAAGUAGAGGAUUUCGACGAGGAGGAGGACGAAUUGUUUCACGCUACAAGCGCUGAGGAGCAGCAAAAACAGGAGCAAGAAAUGCGGAUGCGGCAGCAACUACAGUAUAGUCUUCAGCAACAGGAACAGCAACUGCAUAUGCAGAAGAACAACAAGUCGUCUUUCCAGACCGCGGACAAAAUUUCGUACAAUGACCCACUAGCGAGAGAGAUGCGGGAGCGCGCCGACGCGUUGAAUGCGAAGAAGGGCCGCGGAGGGGGUGGGAGGAAUAAGUCGAAACUGAAUCUGAAUUUGUCCUCGAUGAAAUCGUCACCAGCGGAAUCUGGUUCGGAGGAUAUGAUGUACGCGAGGUGAGGAGAGAGUAAUAACUCGAGCUGGAUUCUUGGAGGAGGUGGCCGCACUGAUUAUGCACAGUGGUAUGGUCGUAAAAAUUGCGUUUCCGUCAUGUACUUAGUUUCAAGGGUGGGAGCAGCUGCCGGAUAUAAUACUUUGUUUUCUGUAUGAUUACGACAAGAAGGACAAUGACUCAUCUUUUUGAUUUGAUAUACAGAGCUUUGGUUUCUCUUUCUUCAGUUUUGAGCUGAUUAGAUUUUGUUUCAUCCGUCGCUUGCAACGAAUGAAAAAACCUGACGGGAGCGGCACAGAGAAGGCAAGUUGAAUAAAAAAAAAUAAUGAAUGAAGAAAUGAAAAAAGAAAUGAGAUAAAAAGACGGCGUGUCAAUAUGUUACUUACCUAGUAACGAUUUUGCAACUCCUAGAGCUUCUUAUACCCCGCGUUUUCUAUAUUUUGACAAAACAAACUUUCAGUUUCUAAUUCAGUUCGUGAACGUGAACUGCGAGGCCGAAGUUACUUUGUUUCGAAUCCAAGUGAGCUUAAACAGAUAGAUCGAUGAAAAACGCUUGCGUUUCUACAGCUACUACAAGAACGCAAACAGAAAGAAAAAUUACAGCACGAACUGCAAAUAAUGAACGAAAUUUCAGAUAACAAAAUGCAGCGACUGGUAGACGAUACAUAACAUCUACAGGAAAUGAAAGCAGCUGCUGUAGUACUGAGAUUCUCUACAACCAAAACGAACCAAAUGAAUCUGUUAAAGUGGUGCUUUUUCUUUUCUUAGGGUCCGUUUUUAUAAUUUUGCUCGAAGUUGUAUAUUGCAAAGCAGAGAACUAGUCCUCGAAAAAAACGCUUCACCUUUUCGUUUUCGACACUCGCAAGAACUAAAAAGCUGCUGCACAGCAAUUCAAUUCAGAAUGCAAUGCCGAUGCGCAGACCAUGCGCAAAUGAACCAUUAAUCUCAAGAACAAAAUGGGUUUCCAAUCCGCGAGCUUGGUUUUUGGUUUGUAUACGAAUACAGAACAGAAACGAGAGGUAUGAAUCGCCAAAGGGCGUAUUAACCCUCCAGAUGAAAGAAGCAUCUCAACUCCGACUGUUUAUCUAAUCCGCGGCUGAGCAAUAUGUUUAUGUUCUUCUUGCGCGAAAUGUUAAAUUUGCGUGUGGGUGUGCCUCAAGCAUGUUGUGUUUGGGUUUGCGAGAC